CAUGAGAGAGGACAGCAAGACCUUCACAGGCCUGCAGGUCAGGGUUGAGGGCAGAGGAGGAGCAUUGCUUCCAUCGGGACAGCUCCUUGGAGAAUGGUGGCCGGCUGAGUUGCCUGUGAGGCAACCCCUCAGCUAAACCAUAUGAGAUGGGGCUCAGAGGAGGUGUGCUGGCAGGUCUGGCUGUCCCGUGUGGAUGCAGAUUUGAGACCCAGAAGUCUCCCCAUGACUCCUUAUCACAUCCGACAAUACCAAGAGAGAGGGGACCACAAGCAGGUCCUGGACUUGUUCUGUAGGGGCAUGGAGGAGCACAUCCCUACUGCCUUCCGUCAUGCAUUGCUGCUACCCCGAACUCUCCUGCUCUUACUUGGGGUGCCCAUUGCCCUGGUCCUGGUGUCUGGCUCCUGGUUGCUGGCCAUUAUGUGUAGCUUCUUUCUGCUCCUGUUUCUACGGCUCUUUGUCAAACAGUCCUUGAAGAAGUUUGUGGCCUUGCGUUUACGCACAGACCUGGCCGACAUCACCAAGUCCUACCUGAGUGAGCCUGGCUCCUGCUUCUUGGUGGCUGAGUCUGUGGGUCAGGUGGUGGGCAUGGCAGCUGCUCUGCCAGUCAAGGAUCCCUCAAUAAAGAGGAAGCAGCUGCUGCUCUUUCACUUGUCUGUGUCCUCACAGCAUCGAAGACAGGGGAUAGCAAAAGCACUGGUCAGAACUGUCCUCCAGUUUGCACGGGACCAGGGCUACAGUGAGGUUGUUCUUCGUACCACCGUGCUGAUGCGUGGCGCUGUGGCCCUCUACAAGGAAAUGGGCUUCCAGAAGGCAGGCCAGUCCUUCUUCAACACAACAGCAAAGCUACUGGCUGUCCCUUCAAUUCACUUCAUGUGCCCGCUCCCCUCUGCUCAGGAACGUGAGCUGUGAUCUUUCCCUGUGCAUCUGCCAGCCUCCAGCUCACAGUGCUAUCACAAGCAAACCCUAAUCCUGAAGUGGAUCAUAAAGGCGUAUUUGUCUGGCUCGUUGGAAUACUGUCUGUUUGAUGGUGUGUAAAGAACAGGGGCAGUCUUGCACUCUGGUUCCUCCAACAUCAACACCAUGUACUGGGGGGUCUGUGAGCACUGAUGGAGUAGGGUGGUUUCGUGGCUUGACCAGCAUGUGUGGCCCCUGCUGGCACUGACUAGACUCAGCCUCAUGGGCCUGCAUGACUGAGUAGAGGCCAAGUAUGGCGUGUUUCUGUAGGUCCAGGAAGAGGGUAAGAGACUAUUGACUGUCCUAGAUUUACUACUCUUGGGAACUGAGGCUAGAGUGGCCUUAGUCCUGAGAUAUGAUAUGAGUCCUUGUUGAUAUGAUAAUGGCAUAGACGCUAUGGGUACAGCCAACUACUUUCUGAAUGAAUUGCAGGUUCGCUGCCCAGGUUUGGUGCAAUAAGGUAAAAUUCUGUGGCUAAGAGAACCUAUUUGAAUACCUUCCUGUGUGCCCACAGUCCUCUCUUCAGACCCAUCCUUCUUCAGGCCCACCUCCCAGUGCCUCUCUAAAGCACAACAGUCCACCACUUUCCUCCUGCUCACCUACAAGACAACUCUUACACAGAUGUCUGUGACUACUGAAUCCUCAUCAGUGUCUCACUCAAAUGGAGGCUCUUCAGACAGAAGUACAAUAAUCGCCCUUCCCAAGCCUCUAUUGUUUGCACAUACUGUCCUUACACAGCAAUUCCAGGAGCACUUCCAGGGCAUUCUGGGAAGGACAUAGGAGUGUUUCUAGGUAGUCGCUGUCCUUGUAAAUGUAUAUACAAUAGCAGAGAAAUGGUUUUUACUCACCUAGGACACACAUGCACUCCGAAUGCUGUGAACCUGUGUGCUUUUCUGUGGCUGUGGUAAAAUUCUCCGACCAAAAACAACUUAGGGGAAGAAAGGGCUGAUUUCAUGUUACACUUUCAGGUUACAGUCCAUUACUGAGGGAAGCCAGGCCAGGAACUCUAGGUAGGACUGCUUGCUAGUCCAUGCAGCCUUCUCUCUGACUGGGGAACUCACUCAUAGCUGAGGAAGUACAGCAGGAAACAACCAGCUGCUUGCUAGCUGGUUUGCUCUCCCGUCACUCACAGGCUCAUGCUCAGCUAGUUUUCUUAUAUGUGCCUGGUGUCCUGGGAGGCCAGAAGACAACACUGGACCCCCUGGAACUGGAGUUAUGGAUGGUUAUAAACCAUCUUGUAGGUUCUUGGAAUCGAACCGAGGUUCUCUGCAAGAACAAUAGCGCUCUUAGCCACUGAGACAUCUCUCCGGGCCCCUGCAAACGCAUUUCAACAGAUGACUUGUGAGCAGGGUGGAAGCCCUUUGUCCUUUUGUUGUUGAUAGAAAUAUUUCAGUUUAUUUAAGCUGUUAAGUGCCAUCCCCACUCCAGCGCCUGGUGCAGCAUGUCAAUAGAUAGCGCUACUCAGACUAAGAGAUAUGUGUCCUUCGGGAUUAUGCUCUCUGGAGGUCCCUGGCAGACCCCCCCCCACUUGGCAAAGAGACGUAUUCUGAGAUUUCUGUGCUUUUUGGGUGCGGUCUUGGGGAUGGAAUUUUGAAUUUUUUGAUCUUUCUCUGUGACUCCUGAAACAGCACAACUAAUUUUAUAAAGAAAUUUAUUACUAGUAGAUUAUUAAAAGCUUUAGUAAAAAUAAUACGUAAAAGAAAUAAGUUUUAAAAAGUAAUGAAUUAGAUUUAGUAUUAAGUAGGCAUUAAGAAUAGUAAAAAAAUAAUAGGUUCCUUCUUAAGAAAAAAUAGCAUGAGAGGUGCAGCUGGCAGGAGUUUCCCCUCCCUUCAGUGCCUUGUUUCUAAGGAAGAUCAUAAAUCUUAAGCAGGACAUAUGGGAGGAUGGUUAACAAAGGUGUAGUUAGAUUUUGAUAUAGAGAGGGAUUUUGGCAGGCAUCUGACUUAGCUCCUGACUUUCCUCUUCACUAGUUAGCAAUAAUGAAACUACAUUUGAGGUUUCUUUUUCUUUGUUUGCUCUGAUCAAAAAGUUUUUAGGCCAAGAUUACUUGUGGGCACUGCUUUAUGUUUGACUGCAUUUUGAGUUAAAAUGUAAACUUUGUAUUCUUGGUAAAAGUCUGAAUGUUCUGGGAAGUAUGCCAAUUUUAAGGUGCCUUUUGUGAAAUCAUUAUAAAAAUACUAGCUUGAUUUCAAUAAAGUGCAGCAGAGCCAAAACCA